AUGAGUGACAAACCAAAUUCCGACAUUCACCAAAAGUUUAAAGAAAAGGGAACUUCGAAAUUUUUAGAACCUUGUAAAGAAGAAAGUAUAAAUUCAAUGAAAUGUUUGGAUAAAUACAAUUACGAUAAAGGAAAAUGUAAAGAUUUAUUCGUCUUGUAUCGUGAAUGUAAAAAAAAAUGGCUGGAAGAACGUCGAGAAUUGCGAAGAAAAGGAUCAUUAUAG